AGAUUAUUCAGUGAGCCGAACGCCUGACCUACAUUAGCGAUAACGCAGAGAGAGAGAAAGAGAGGGAUGACUAGGCUCGCGUGUGUUGUGUACAUGCAGAAGAGAGAAGUAGUAGUGAGAGAACUGGCAGCUACGCCGGGACGAAAUGUUUUGGUUUUAUUCAACUUUCUGUGAAGGAAUAAGUGAAUCGAUUCAGUGAAAUUUGUGUGUGAAUAUAUGAAGUUCGUGACUACCUGUGUUGUUACUAACAGAAACUUACAAAAUACUGACCGGGUCUUGGCAAAAAAUGUGGUUGGACAUCUGGAGGCCAGGAUGUGAUACGGGCGUACUUCUCAACUCCAUGCCUCCUAUGGUGUAUAAUGUGUUCACAUGUUGGGAAAUGUAAUCGGAAAAGUGUUGUCAAAUUGGUCUUUCUUUUUUACGCGUGUUUAUUUAGUUGUCUUCCGGUUAUCCAGAGUCUCUCCGUGUCCGAUCUUUAUCCUUUCGGGAGACCCACUUCAGACAACAAAACUGACCCUGCCGACGACGGAGGCUCACACAAGAUACUGCUCAAGAAUCCAUUCAAAUUCUUCGGCAGAAAUAAGUCUAGUCUGUUUGUUAACAACAAUGGGCUUAUAACCUUUGAUGCACAAUUAAACGAGUACAAGCCUAAACGAUUUCCCUUGGCAGAGAAUACGCCAUUGAUAGCACCAUUCUGGGCCGACGUAGACGUCAGUCCGGAGUGGUCGAAGGGUAACGUGUGGUACCGCCAGGACCAAAGUUCGAGUCUCCUGACCAAAGCAUCAGAGGAGAUCCGAGAAUACUUUAUCUCUCAGCGAAACUUCCAGGCUAACUGGGUGUUCAUUGCUACCUGGCAUAAAGUGGGCUACUAUGCAGCAGUUGGGUCAGGCCGCAGUAAGGUUAAUACUUUUCAAACUGUUCUUGUGAAGAACGAAAAGAGGUCCUUCGUGAUUUUUAAUUAUCUAACUAUCGAGUGGACUACCGGAAGUAACAGUUUGGGAGAUCCCCAAACGGGUCUAGGAGGAAGUCCUGCACAGGCUGGUUUUAACGCCGGAGACCAGAAGAACUAUUACUCUAUCCCGGGAGCCCAAACGGACGCCGUCAUCAAUCUUACUCGGACAAGUAACGUGGGGAUUCCGGGAAAAUGGGUUUUCCAAGUAGAUGGUGACAGCAUACUGGAUAUAAAAUGUAGCCAUGCUGUACAAAUUAAUAUAUAUCCGAAAUCCGGAUCCAUGUUUGGAGGCGAGGAAAUUCGAAUUUCGGGACCGUGUUUUAAUUCAGAAUUUAACAUUCUUGCCCGCAUCAGAGAAACAAAUGACACUUUUCAAUGCACAGCUAUCAAUGACAUAUCGGCAGCUUGCAUCAUGCCCAGUGUUUUCCGAACAGGCCAGGUGACAUUGGAGAUUAACCCAUAUGGAAUGGGUUGGAAUUACUCCUCUACCUAUCAAAUAGAAAACGUAGCGUCUCUGACGCCAAAAAUCACUCGACUCAGUCCCGACUCUUGGGUCAUUAGUCGCAACGUGACCUUGUCUUGGAACUCCUCCCUCACUCCGUCCCCCUCGCUGUUUCUGGACAUUAUGGCAUAUCAGUAUUCAAAUGACAGCAAACCAUCCUUUGUUACGGUUCGCAGUAAAUCCUUUGACCUCUCAUCUCCUCUCAAUUCAUCAAACAUUGUAUUCACUUCCAUCGUAUUAGACGGGAACUUAUUGCAUGAGAAUAUGACGUCAUUAGUACUACGCAUCCGAACCAACAUCAGUGCUGGCUACAGUUCCAUAUGGUCAGACGUGUUUCCGGUUAGGUGGCCUACCGUUAAAGAUGCUGCAAAUAUGUGUCAAAACUGGAUGAAGUUGUCCCCGUCUCUAUCUAGUGAUACGCUUUCCACGUGUCCGUGUACCCUUAGACAGGCGUCACGUGACACCGGACGCUAUUUUGUGGACCCUCUGUGCAAUUUGCAAAACGACAAGAUAGACACAAACUGUUUAUACAACAAAGGAGCAGCCCAGUGCUUUCGAAGAUCUCUGCAUGGUUUUUCUACAAGUGGAGAGACCUGCUGCUACAGCUCAUCCGGGGAACUUCUGGAUGCACGUGAGGUGCCGCACGCAGGAGGGACCCGAUCUCGAUAUCACAUACACGCACAGGGCGAGGAACUGGUGCCGUUUUUCUCUUACUUCCAAAACGAUUUGGUGCCUUUUCUACAGUGCUGCCAGUAUGCUUUCAAUAAUUCCUUGUGCCAACGCUUCUUGAAGCUCCGACCGCCGACGACGUGCCAAGCCUAUACCCCUCCAACCCCUGCGCAAGCAGCGGGGGAUCCACAUUUGACAACCCUAGAUAGAAAAGAUUAUACUUUUAACGGUAUCGGGGAUUUUGUCUUACUGAAAGACGUCAAUUCUUCAAUGGUUGUGCAAGUCCGUGCCGUUCAGACGAGAGACACUGCCGGAAUUCUACAAAACGCCACUGUAUUUUCUGCAUUGGCCUUGAAAACCGAAACCUCUGACAAGAUCGAAAUCUACAAAACGUCUGACGGGGCGACAGACAUUUUAGUGAACAGUGAAAUCGUAGAAGUUGUUGACGCUACCUCAAACUUUAACGGUGUGAAGUUAGAGAGAAGUGUGGGGGACGACGAGUCUGUUGUGAACUUUCUGAUUGUGUUUGAGAAUGAGGAUUUAUCCGUGUCCGUCGAUGUAUCAGCUGAUCUCCUCAACGUCCUAGUCAUGAUCAGUGGCGAGAGAUACAAAGGCCAGAUUCGUGGUCUGCUUGGUAAUUUUAAUGGAGAUGACAAUGAUGACUUCAUAACUCGACACAAUUUAGUGCUGCCGUCUGACUCUUCAAUGAGAGACCUACAUUACAAGUUUGGCAUGACAUGGGAGGUACAAGGAAACGAAUCGCUGUUCAAUCGUUCAGGGACAGUAAACAAUGCAAUUAACUAUGAACCGAUUUUUCUGGAGGAGAUAAGAAAUCCGGAAUUGAACUUUUCUGUUGUGCUAGAGUUGUGUGGUGAUAAUAAACAAUGCCAGUAUGACUAUAGUGUGACCGGAAAUGAAAAAAUUGCCAAAGGGACCAUGAAGUUCAUUGAGAAAUUCAAGGAAAUUGAAAGUGAUGUGCAAAAAGUGGUAAGGUGUCCGUUCCUGGAGGUGCCCGUGAAUGGGAAUCGCUCCGCCAGUGGUUAUGCUGUCGGUGACAACGCCACGUUCUGGUGCUAUGAGGGCUUCCAGCUCCUCCAGGGAGCCUCCUUUGUUGUGUGCAGGGAGAACGGGCAGUGGUCAGUGGGAGCGCCAGUCUGUGUGGAGAAAAUCGUUGAGGAUAGUCCAAUCAGUAGCUUAGUUGUUUACAUAGGAUCGGGCUCGGGAGCUCUGAUAGGCGUCAUAGUAAUUGUCAUAGUCAUCAUGGCCGUCCUCAAAUGUAGGCGAAAACCCAAACCUGAACCGGAUCCGGAAAUAAACGGACCCAUCUUUGAAAAUCCAAUUUUUCUCGAAAGUUUAUCCUCAUUGGGGCAGGGAGGAGCCUUUAAGAUACCCCGUCCUACGUAUGUCGACCCAAAUCUUUUGGACGACUAUUUCUUCUAGUGACCUGUGGUGAUUUUAUUUUAAAUAUAUGAAGAAAGAAAAAAACAUUAAAAGAACAAAGACGAACAAAA